UAAUCACCACCUCUGCUCUCUCUCUCUCUCUCUCUCUCACUCAUGUCCUUUCUGUCCCGUUGUUUCUGGUCACGGUCCACUCCAUCUCUUCUCCCUCCCUUACUGUUCUCUCUCAAUGCAUAAAAGAAAGAACCACGGUAGCCACCACUACCCUGAGCUCUUUCAUUAAAGAAACCACCUCUUAAACUUCAAGAACUCAAAAUGCGGCCGCUCUGGCCGUUCUUGAUCCUGGCAGCUAGUCUACUGCCUAUGUCGGUGGUUUAUUGUGCUACUUUUCUCCCUCUCCACAGGGCUUUUCCUUUGAACCACACACUCGGACUCGACCAACUCAGGGCUCGGGACAGUGUCAGGCAUGCCCGCCUCUUGCAGAGCUUUGUUGGCGGCGUCGUCGACUUCUCAGUCCAAGGCUCUCCCGAUCCCUAUCUCGUCGGGGUCGAUGGAUCUUCAACGCCCUUACUCUAUUUUACAAAAGUGAAGCUGGGCUCUCCUCCCAGAGAAUUCACUGUGCAGAUUGAUACAGGAAGCGAUGUCUUGUGGGUUACCUGCAGUUCCUGCAGAAAUUGCCCACAAUCCAGUGCCCUUGGAAUUCAGCUCAAUUACUUUGAUACUACCAGCUCAUCAACUGCUGGGCUAGUCCCAUGUUCACACCCUAUUUGUACUUCAGAAAUUCAGACCGCAGCAACUCAAUGCUCUCCUCAGAGUAAUCAGUGCAUUUACUCAUUCCAAUACGGAGAUGGAAGUGGGACAACUGGUUAUUAUGUAGCUGAUACAUUUUAUUUUGAUGCUGUUUUGGGCAAGUCCUCAAUUGCCAACUCUUCAGCUGUCAUUGUCUUUGGAUGCAGCACUUUCCAGUCUGGGGACUUGACUAAGACUGAAAAAGCAGUUGAUGGAAUAUUUGGAUUUGGCCAAGGGGGUCUCUCCGUCGUAUCACAACUGUCAUCCCAUGGGAUAACACCCAGAGUAUUCUCUCAUUGCUUGAAAGGAGAGGGCAGUGGUGGUGGCAUAUUAGUUCUUGGUGAGAUUUUGGAGCCAGGCAUAGUUUAUAGUCCCCUUGUGCCAUCACAGUCUCAUUAUAAUUUAAAUCUUCAGAGCAUUGCUGUCAAUGGACAAUUGUUAUCAAUUGAUCCAGCUGCUUUUGCAACGUCAAAUGACCGAGGAACUAUUGUUGACUCUGGAACAACUUUGGCAUACCUUGUGGAAGAGGCUUAUAAUCCUUUUGUUAGUGCUGUAACUGCUACGGUCCAACCAUCUGUGACUCCCACAAUAUAUAAAGGAAACCAAUGUUAUUUAGUUUCCAACAGUGUAUCUGAGGUAUUUCCUCCAGUUAGUUUAAACUUUGCUGGUGGUGCAUCUAUGCUGUUAAAACCACAAGAGUACCUUAUAAAUCUUGGUCCCUCUCAGAAUGGAGCUCCGUUAUGGUGCAUUGGUUUUCAGAAGGCUCAAGCAGGUUUAUCAAUUUUAGGAGAUCUUGUUCUAAAGGAUAAAAUUUUCGUAUAUGAUCUGGCUCAUCAGCGGAUUGGAUGGGCUAACUAUGACUGCUCAUUAUCAGUGACUGUCUCUGUAACUUCUAGUAAGGAUUUCAUCAAUGCAGGACAGUGGAGUGUGAGCAGCUCGUCAAGAGACAUGCUCCUCAAGCUGCUACCUCCGAGCAUUAUGGCUCUCCUAAUGCACAUAUUAGCAUUGAUGAGUCUUCAAAUUUUGUAAUUUAAACCUCAGGUUUGAAGUUCAAUUCUUUGACCUUGUUGGAAUUGGCUUAGUCGGUUUUUAUUUAUAGUGGUUGGCAAGGCAUGUCCUUUCUGUGGAUUACAGUGGUAGCUGUUAUAUAGUUAUUAUUUCUUAUUGCUGGUAGUUGGAAUAUCUUCCAUUCUUCAAAUGGAAAAUCCAGCAAUUUUUUUUGUAAAGGAUGCUCCAUCUCUGAGUGCUGCUGGAAUUGUAAAUUAUCAAUGCAUGGUCAGGUGCUGUAUCAUCAGUUCAUCACAUUGUUGUUAAGUAGAACAAAACAUUCAUGUGUCCUGGAAGAAAACAAAUCUUCCGCUGCGACAACUUUUGGGAUAGGCAGAGAUAUAGAAAUGUUUGGACAACUUUGCAAGUGUUAAUUUCUGUAAGCUUUUUGUUUUCACUAAGGAUUGUAAUUCCAUGUUUCUCCUCUGAUUAUGAAAGCCUUUGAUACAUGAAAGGAAAGGAUAGCCACUACACUGCUUUUUAGCUUUUAGAUGAGUAAACAUCCAAUAGUUUGCUGUCA